CUCGAACGUGCAUUCAGAGUCUAUUAUCGAUUUCAUACUCACAAAAAAGACUGGGACAACCUACUUUUAGCUGACGCGAGUAUUAUGGAAAAGACUGUGCUGAUCACCGGUGCCAGUGGUCUUCUCGGUCGACAGGUGCAGAAGCAAUUCUUUCUGGAUGGCUGGAGGUCUAUCGGAACCGGACUUACUCGGAUCAACCCUCCGGAAGUUAUCAAACUCGAUAUCUUGGAUCCGAAAGAGAUCGAGCAAGUGCUGGACGAAGUGAAGCCAAACGUCGUUGUACACUGUGCAGCUAACCGUUUCCCGGACUCAUGCACAGCAAAUCCAGAGGCGGCCAAGAAGUUGAAUGUGGAUUCAAGUAGAGCUCUAGCAGAGGCGACAACAGCACGAGGAAUCUUUCUUAUCUACAUAUCGACUGACUAUGUCUUUUCGGGUCGUCCUGGAGAAGCUCCUUACAAGACGACUUCGACACCCGCCCCGCCCAAUACAUACGGCCAGACUAAACUUGAUGGAGAGAGGGCUGUCCUUGAUGUAGCCAGCAAAGCAAGUGCCAGGAACAAAGUCGUCGUAUUACGAGUCCCAAUCCUGUAUGGGUCGUGCAACGAGCCGAAGGAAAGUGCAGUCAAUAUGCUCAUGUCACAGCUUUGGGCGGCUCAGAAAGAAGGACAGCCAAAGAUCAAGGUCGACGACUAUGCACUUCGGUUUCCUACAAACACACAUGAUGUUGGCAGGGUCUGCCGCGAUAUCUCACAAUUGUACCUUGACUCUGCAAACGAAAGUCGUGAUCUACCAACCCUCCUCCAAUUUAGUUCCGAAGACCAAAUGACAAAAUGGCAGAUUUGCCAGACUUUUGCCGACAUCAUGUGUCUUCCGCUCGAUGGGAUGGAGCCCUCUAGACCGGAGGAAGAGCCUAAAGACGGAACCGUUCGGCCCUUCGAUUGUCACCUUGACACUAGCGCGUUGAGGGAACUGGGGAUUGACGUGAGAACUACCGAUUUCAAAACCUGGUGGAGACGCGAACUUGGUGCGUUCAAGUGAUUGUGAUAUUAGGAAGGCGAAACGAUUGUCGCACGCGGCGGACUCGGUCCGACAGAUCUGAAAUAUAACGAUGCCACUAAAUGUCAAACGCAGCUCCUUCCAAGCAAACUUAGUAGAACCUUGACGGAUGUGUUACGUUCAGAAACCGAAUUGCGCACCGUGCAGCCUGAACUCUCGAUAUGGACCCUGUCGUGCAAAUCGGGCAGGACGUGGCAACACUACCAUCUCUCUACAGCGCUGGAUUGGGCGCGACAACAAAUAGUACUAUUUCUAGC